AUGUACAAAAACACUAACACUAACAACACUUCUAAUACUAAUUGUGUUUCAAUCAUUGUCAUCGGUGCAGGUUUAAUUGGUCCUCGUCACGCUGAACAUGUUGUAAAUCGUCCUAAUACUCUGCUUUUUGCAAUUGUCGAUCACUCUGCAAAAGGUCCAUCGGUCGCCCAAAGGUUCCAGGUUCCUUUAUACAAGGAUUUGAACGAAUUAUUUGAGUACUGUGACAAGUACAAUGUCAAGUAUCCAGAUGCUGCCAUUAUCGCUACUCCAAACCAUACUCACGUCCCAUUAGGUCUUCACUUGGCUUCCAAGGGUAUCCACUUGUUAGUUGAAAAGCCCUUGUCUCCAAAUGCUCAAGACCUGAAGACUUUGAUUGAAUUUUGUAAGGAAAAGAAUGUCAAGUUGUUAAUUGGUCACCACAGAAGAUUUAAUCCCUACAUUAUUACAUGUAAGGAGAAUUUACCCAAAUUGGGACAAGUUGUUGCAGUUCAAGGUACUUGGACCUUGUGCAAACCAGACAGCUAUUUCGAGGAAAAGCCUUGGAGAUCCUCCCAAACCUUGGGUGGAGGAGCCUUAUUGAUUAACUUGAUCCACGAUUUAGAUAACUUACAGUAUUUAUUUGGUCCCGUCGAAAAGGUGUAUGCUGAAUUGUUGAUGAAACAAAGGGCUCAAAGAGGCUCUGAUGUCAAUGCAGCUGUCGAUGAAGGUGCCGUCUUAACCUUAAGGUUUGCUAACGGAAUCUGUGGUACUUUCUUAUGUUCAGAUAACGUUGUUUCUCCAUUUUCAUUUGAAAGUGGUACAGGAGAAAAUCCAACCAUCCCAUUUAACGAUGAAGUCGCUGGAUUUUAUAGAAUCUUUGGUAGCCACGGAACUUUGUCUGUUCCAGAUUUCAAGUUAUAUCAUCAACACAAUCAACCUGUUAGAUCAUGGUUGAACCCAGUUGAGGAACAUCAAGUUAAGAUGGCUUUUGAAGUUCAAAAGGAAAUUGAAGUUGAAGAACAAGAUGAUGUCGUUAUGUUUGGAAUUGCUACUCCAGACAACUCUCCAAAUACUAAGGAGGAUAACCUUUUCUCCCAUCACCUGCACGUUUCCUCCGAGAAGCCUAAACCUUUUGACUUGCAAGUUGACCAUUUUGUCAACUUGAUUUUAGGAAAGGAAACAGAAGUCAAAUGUUCUGGAGAAGAUGCCUUGAGGGCUUUGUUGUGUAUUGAAGCUGUUGGUAAGUCUAUUGAAACUGGUUUACCACAAGUAGUGCCAUCAAUUGAUGACAUUGAAAUGAACAUGGAAUUGUUCACUUAG